CUGACGCGCCGUUCUAGGCAGUGGGGAGGUCGCCUGGGGUUGAGAGUCUGAGGCGUGAGAACGGCCUCUCCUCUAUGGUCGAGGGAGCCGCGCACGGCAGGCCUGCAGACCUCGGUUAUUUCCGGAAGCGAAGCCUGCCGCUUUCUGCUUCCGCAGGGCUCCUGGCGGGUCUCGGGACUACUGGCGAGACUUACGAUGCAUUAUAGCAAUGUCCUGAUUCUGAAAAGUUUCUAUGUGUGUGGAUCCCAGAAUUUACUGAGAUGGAGGAGCCUCAGAAAAAUGACCUGAACAUGACAGGGCAGGAGGAAGAAAGUCCUGUCAAAAGCAUCGGCUCUCAGAUUUCUGUUAGUGAGUUUUCCUGCCCUUGCUGUUACGACACCCUGGUUAACCCCACCACCUUGAACUGUGGCCACAGCUUCUGCCGGCACUGCCUAGCUUUAUGGUGGAUGUCUUCAAAGAAGACAGAAUGUCCAGAAUGCAGAGAAAAAUGGGAAGGUUUCCCCAAAGUCAACAUUCUCCUCAGGGAUGCCAUUGAAAAGUUAUUUCCUGAUGCCAUCAGAACGCGAAUUGAAGACAUUCAGCAGAAUAAUGACAUAGUUCAAAGUCUUGCAGCCUUUCAAAAAUACGGGAGUGAUCAGAGUCCUGUAACCGCCAGCACAGGGCGAGUCAAUCAGCAGAGAGGAGGGGGAUUCUUCUCCGGAGUACUCACUGCCUUGACUGGUGUGGCAGUCGUCCUGCUUGUGUAUCACUGGCGCAGCAGAGAGUCUGAGCAUGGCCUCCUGGUGCACAAGGCUGUAGCCAAAUGGACAGCAGAAGAAGUUGUCCUCUGGUUAGAACAGCUGGGCCCUUGGGCCUCUCUUUACAGAGAAAGAUUCUUAUCUGAAAAAGUAAAUGGAAGGUUGCUUUUAACUUUGACAGAGGAAGAAUUUUCCAGAGAACCAUACAUCAUAGAAAACAGUAGCCACAGAAGAGUCAUCCUCCUGGAGCUGGAGCGCGUAAGAACCCUGGGUGUGAAGCCACCCCAGAAUCUCUGGGAGUACAAGGCUGUGAACCCAGGCAGGUCUCUGUUCUUGCUGUAUGCCCUCAAGAGCUCCCCAAGGCUUGGCUUGCUGUACCUGUACCUGUUUGACUACACAGACUCCUUCUUACCCUUCAUACAUACCAUCUGCCCCUUGCAAGAAGACAACUCUGGGGAAGACAUUUUCACUAAGCUUCUGGACCCGAGGGAGCCCACAUGGAGGCAGUGGCGAGAAUUCCUCGUUAAGUACUCCUUCCUGCCGUACCAGCUGAUGGCAGAGUUUGCCUGGGACUGGCUGGACGUCCACUACUGGACAGCACGCUUCCUUAUCGUCAACGCCAUGCUGCUGUCUGCUCUGGAAUUGUUCUCUUUUUGGAAGAUCUGGUCAAGAAGUGAGCUGAAAACUGUGCCCCAGAGGAUGUGGAGCCAUUUCUGGAAAGUGUCUACGCAGGGGCUGUUCAUGGCCAUGUUCUGGCCUCUCAUUCCACAGUUUGUCUGCAGCUGUCUGUUUUACUGGGCUCUCUACUUCAGCCCGAUUAUUAACAUUGACCUGGUGGUCAAGGAAGUCCGGCGGCUGGAAACCCAAGCGUUGUGACUACCAGCAGCAAGGUCCAGGAGAGCCUGUGAGUCUCCCUGAUGUCCAAGCUAUGACAUUUAAAGAAGCAGGGGUUUCAUUUCUACCCUUGGUAAAGCAAGGUGCUGCUUCUGUGUGUCAAGGCUUCAACCAGGUCCCUUCUUCCUCUGUCUCCUGCACCUUGGCAGCUGACUGCUACCCGGGUGAGACUUUGCAGCCAACGGCCAGCCACUCUUCUUACAGGGACUUGGGAGGCUCGGGCUACUAUGGCCAUCAAGAAUGAUGGUCUUGGACACAAUUUGGAGUGACAUGUCAGAAGACCACCACAGGCUGGGCGAGGUGGCACACGCCUUUAAUCCCAGCACUUGGGAGGCAGAGGCAGGUGGAUCUCUGAGUUCAAGACUAGAGUGGUCUACAGAACGAUUUCCAGAACUGCCAGGGCUACAAAGAAAUCCUAUAUUGAAAACAACAACAACAAAAAGAAGAAGGCCACGAGGGUCUACUAGCCUUAACCUCAUGGACUGACAAGCUCCCCAAACCAGGCCUCUUGGGGCCAAGUUUAGGAAAACAAGGAUAGGAUUUGGUCAUAGGCAUAGUUACAUAUACAAAAUACAGAGGAAAACCCAGAAUUCAGCUUUUUAAAAAAAAUUUAAUUGAAAUUUUACAUACCAAUCCCAGUUCCCACUCCCUCCCCUCCUCCUGCUUCCACCACCUUCUCCCUGAAGCCAACCUCCAUCCACUCUCAGGGUAAGGAUGAGUCAGCAAAGUCUAGGCAGGUCAAGGCCUUCCCCACUAUAUCUAGACUGAGCAAGGUAUCCUUCCAAAGAGAAUGGAUUCCAAAAUGCCAGCUCAAGCAGUAAGGCUAAAACCUGGUCCCACUGCCAGUGUCUCCUCAGGCUACCUCAGCCAUACAACUGUCACCUACAUUCAGAGGGCCUAAUUUGGUCCAUAUGCAGGGUCCUCUGCUGUCAGGCUAGAGUCUGAGCUCCCAUUAGCUCAGGUCAGCUGUUUCUGUGGGUUUCUCAAUUAGUUUCUUACUGAAAAGUUGUUAGGCUUCAGAGUAAAUCUAGAGAAAGUUUCAGGCCGAGAGAAUGAUGGCUAGCUGUCUUGUUUCCUGUUGUGGUCAUUGGAAAUUAAUUUUUCUUUCUGUGAUCACAGAGCUGAGUGGGACACCCAUCAGACUGAGUCAAGUGACUGAGAGCACUGCUCGGGGUUUUGUUUUGAAAAUGUAAUAUGCAGGAUAAGUACUGUAUAGUCUCUUCAAGGAAACAUUUGUAAGCUGCUCUCGCACUGUAUAAUGUAUAAUCUUUAUGGUCCUGAAGUUUAGCAGUGGGUACAAUUAUACCAAGUGCUGCCAUCAUAAAUACAGAGUGAGCUGAAUGUCCUGCCAGUGUGGACACAGCAGGUGUAGAGGUGUGAGCUCCUCAGCCUUGGCUUCAUGCAAACAAGCUUAUAUCUAAAGAGAGAGAGAGAGACUUUGUAAUUCAUUAACCCUUUAUGAUUUCAGCUAAAGCUUGCAUUUGGAAGUUUGGACAAUUACUUGAAAUAAAAAAGAUUUUUAUAUAAAUAAAACUUCUAUAGAGAAAUCUGAUUCUGAGGAAACACAAGGAAAAUCCUACAUAGCUUGAUGUGUUAUGACAUAGUCAGGUUGAGUGGGGUGUAUAGCCAGGAUGCUGCUUAGUGAUAUCUCCAGUGAAGGAAAAAUGUCCUUUCCCAGUUUUCUCAUGGAGCCCUAGGGCCACCUGAUUUUUGUCUACAGAGACAGCGACUCUGUGGUUCAGGCACACUGUAGUAUUUGUGCAUUCCUGGACAUCACCUUGGAGAUUUCCUUCCUGGGCAUUCCUUUCUCAUGAUGAAGUAGAGGUUGGCGGACAAAGGUUAUUGCACUGGUAGUGGCUGUGCUAGGUUCCGUAGUGUCCAGGUUAGACCACAAAUAGGCAGCCUCCCAAUACACCAUUCCCACAUGUGGCCUUUCAUGCUGACCCAACAUGCACCAACACCGUACCUCAAAGAUGAGUAAUGCCCAGAUCUGCUCUGGGAAAAGAGCAACCAGAUGGGCUGGUACUCUAGUUUCCGUUAGAGUGAGCAUGCUCAUAUCCAGCACUAUGGGCUUGCUCUAAUCCUUGAAUCUUCCUACCCUUCUAGGGAGGGUUGGGGUUAGGGACUGUGGACCCCCAGACCCUGAAUUUCCUGUGAAUCCCCCUGCCUUCCAGGGGUGAACAACUUGUUUUCCUGCAGCUGCUCCAAGCACGAGACCCUCAGGAGUUCCAGAUGGCAGGGGAAUGGUUUUUAGUGGGCUUGCAGCUGAGAAUUAGAGCAUGGCCAUUAGUCAAGGAGACCCUAUAUAAGCUGCCCUAGAACACAAUAAAGGGAGCAUUAUUGGCAUUCUUGUUUUAA